AUGUACAAAAUGGAUUACUCCUACCUCAACUCCUACGACUCCUGCAUGGCCGCCAUGGAAGCCUCCGCCUACGCGGACUUCAGCUCCUGCAGCCAGGCCAACACUUUCCAGUACAACCCCAUCAGGACCGGCUUUGGGACCAACCCCGGGUGCCCGCCGCUCAGCACGGCCAACUGCACCUUGGGGGCCCUGCGAGACCACCAGCCUUCGCCUUACUCCACAGUUCCCUACAAGUUCUUCUCCGACCCCUCGGGCAUCAACGAGAAGAGAAAGCAGAGACGGAUCAGGACCACGUUCACCAGCUCCCAGCUGAAGGAGCUGGAGAGGGUCUUUGCUGAGACCCACUAUCCAGACAUCUACACCCGGGAGGAGCUGGCGCUGAAGAUCGACCUCACUGAAGCCAGGGUCCAGGUUUGGUUCCAGAACCGACGCGCCAAGUUCCGCAAGCAAGAACGGGCGGCAAACGCCAAAGGGGUGAAUGGCGGCUCCUCGGCCAACAAGAAAUCUGACCCGCGCUCCUCUUCGGAGGACGACGAGUCCAAGGAGUCCAACUGCAGCCCCACCCCGGACAGCACCGCUUCACUGCCCACCACGGGCAGCCUCAACAGCCCCGGGAGCAGCCUGAGCCCCAGCCCCGGCACGGGGCAGGGCCUCGGACCCAGCCACGCCGCCCAGUCCUUAAAGGCUCCCAUCUGGCCAGGGGUCAGCACCAGCAACGGUGCCACCAACACGGCGGAGCUCCUGAAGGCGUGGCAGCCGGCCGAGGCCAUGCCAGGACCGUUCUCCGGCGUCCUCUCCUCCUUCCACAGGAAGCCCAACGCCCUCAAGACAAACCUGUUCUAA